GUCAGCCACCACCAACGGCCACGAUUGCUUUUUCCCUCCUUCAUUCUUCCAAGCUCACAAGGCUGCUCUCUGUCCCGAUGGAUUCUCAACCACCAUCGUGGGCUGCCCGGCUUGCCAUAGAGAGCGGCUUCCAUGCCAUUGCCGCCUCGAGCCGGGAUGUCAAGCUCCUCUGUCUGCAGCGGUUCGUCCGCCUGUACGCGUACGGGGCUUCGUUCCUGAUCCUUGCGCAGUUCUUGUCCAGCAUGGACUUCUCUGACGAUCAGAUUGGUCUGUUCAUGACGCUGACCCUCCUCGGCGACGUGGUCCUCAGCUUCGUAUUGACGGCCGUCACCGACGCCGUUGGUCGCCGGCGCGUGCUGGCAGUGGGCGCGCUCAUGCUGGUCCUGAGUGGCGCCGUGUUCGCCUUUGUCGAUAACUACUGGGUGCUGCUCCUUGCAAGCAUCGUCGGCGUCAUCAGCCCCGGCGGCAACGAGAUUGGGCCGUUCCGCGCCAUCGAGGAGUCGGUGCUUGCUCAACUGACACCCCAGGAUCAACGCAGCGACAUAUUCGCCUGGUACACGCUCUUCGGAACAGCUGGCACCGCAUUGGGCACCUUGACCUGCGGCUGGAUGGUGCAGGGUUUGCAGAGUCUUGACGACUGGACGGACAUUGCUGCUUACCAGGCCGUGUUCCUUGUCUACGCGGCUUUGGGACUCGUCAAAUGUGUCAUCAACAUGAUGCUGUCUUCUGCCGUCGAGGCCGAGCCGCUGCAGCAUUCCCAUCAGGAAGCAGACCCAGAGUCGGAAGCAGGACUGCUGCCGGAUGAAGAGACAAGGCUCCUGCCAGACGCGGAUUCCGGAAGCUGUGCCGAAGCAGAGCCCACGCCCACAAGUUCAUCAGCGCAACGGGGGAAACCAUCGCCUCCGCCCCCCACCCUCGGGCAACGUGCCAGGUCUCUCAUCCCGAACAUAUCGCCCGCAUCGCGAGCCAUCCUAUGGCGAUUGCUCAUCCUCUUCGGCAUGGACUCGUUCGGGUCCGGCAUGGCCUCCCCGUCAUGGCUCACGUACUUCUUCACGACGGUUCAUUCACUGCAGCCGGGCACCUUAGGAACUCUGUUCCUCGUCACAAACCUGAUCGCUACCGUUUCCAAUCUGGCUGCCCUGCCCUUGGCCCGCCGCAUCGGCCCUCUCCGAACCAUGGUAUUCACCCAUCUGCCCUCCUCCGUCUUUCUGGCUGCCAUCCCGCUCCCAGCUCCAUCGUCGCCUGCUGGGACCUGGACCGCCAUGGCCUUCCUUGCCCUGCGCGCUUGCACUUCAAACAUGGAUACGGCGCCCAGGCAGACCUUCCUCGCGGCGGCCGUCCUCCCUGCUGAGCGAACCGCAGUCCUCGGCGUUGUCAACAUCGUCAAGACGCUGGCACAGGCCGGAGGUAUUGGUUCCACCGGCCUGUUCGCGGAGAGGUCCCUGUGGGUUGUGGCUCUUGGGGGCGCUGGGCUGAUGAAGGCUUCUUAUGAUCUAUUUAUGCUAUGGAUGUUUGUACAUCUCAAGUAAUGGGAUGGUAGGAAGAGUCGAACACGACGCCUGGGCUCCGCGGCCUCGCCAAGUAGUAGCUGGUGCGUGAUCCACGAUGGCGCCGAAUCCUGCUUACCAGGCGGCUAGUCUAUCCCGUGUAUAGUAAGCAUUUUAUAGAUAGAUAUGUGGUGGGUAGGCCCUGGAUUAACAGACGUCAUCUGCUGUCGAGGAUAUAUGGCGCCUGUCCUGGCCGUCUCACGGAUAAUCCCUUGGGAUCAUAGCCCCGAGGACGAACUGGCUGUUGUGUCUAGGUUGAGUUGGCUUAAUCUCGGGUUCGUUGUGCCUAAUCUCGGGGUGGGUUGCGUUCUAUGGACAGAUAUUGCCAAAUAGUCUUGAGAAUCUCGGUCUAUCAAUCAGCUGCC